GUUGAAUUUAAAUCUGUGAGAAAAAUCAACGAAAGAAAAAAAAUGGAAGUUUACGUUCAAAGAAUCAAUGACUUUAUUUAUCGAGCAAGAAAGACGCUGCUGGUAAUUAUUGGUGUGAUAUUAAUGUUGAUUUACAUUCGUGGAUGCAUCAAUCAAUUAACUUAUUACGAAGAAGACAUCGAAUUUUUGCAGACAGCAAUUGCAAAUUUGAACCAACGCAUUGAAAACGGAUCAAAAAUGGAUAUGCCAUUUAACUCAAAAGAUAUCUUCAAUGCAAAACGAGAACUGCUUCAUUUAAUUCAAGAAAUAGAACUUCGCAAAUCAGAACCACAACAUAAAACAAUUGCUUCUCCUGCAAAGAAAGCUCGUUAUGACUUUGCUCUGCAAAAUAUUGGUGGCAGUGUUGUGUCUUAUCACAAUACGGAAUUGAUGUACUCGUGCAGUCUAUUUUCAAUUUUAAUUGGAAAGUGCAACAAGAUUAAUCCACCUGAAAAAGCAAUUCAGAAGAAUGUCGAGCCUGGCGAAGCUUUUUGUUUCAAAGGCAAUCAAGGAUCAAUAACAAUCAAGCUUUCGAGUCCUAUUGUGAUUGACAGUAUCACUUUUGAUCAUGUUGAACGAUCGAAUACACCUAAUUUGGAUAUAUCUGAUGCUCCUCGGUUCAUCUCUAUUUCUGGCAUGAACAAGAAGCACGACGAAAUUGGACACAACUAUGGCAAUUUCACAUUCAAUGUUAUCAACUCGAAUUCUCAAACUUUCUAUUUUGAAUCAUCAUCAGAAAAGUAUCUGUAUAUCCAUAUUAAUGUAACUGAAAAUUAUGGACAUCAAGAUCGUACAUGCAUUUAUCGAAUUCAAGUUCAUGGAUAUGACAGUGAGUUCUAAAUUAUUAGUGGAUAUCCUUUUUAAUAUGAAGAAGAUUUAUAAAAAAAUAUUAUGAUACUCA